AAGCGACUAAAGAUCAGAAAGCAUAAGAGGCACAAUGGAUUGAAUUGCAAGAACAUCAUAGAUAUAUAUAAAGCCCACUUUGGUCCAAGCGUUUGAAACAUCAAUAGAUAUAACUAAUAAUCACUGAACAGUGACAAACUCUCUUUUAGAAUCAAAGGAACUAAUUCUCAGUUAUCUUAAUCACUAACCUCUUACAAGCUAAGGUCUUUAAGCAUCACUAUCACUGCUUUCAUCAUCCUCGUCGUUGACAUGGCGGUUACUGAAUUCAUUGGGGAUGAAAACUCCAGGCUGGCUCGAUCUUCUCCUAGUCCUCGACGGAAGGAUAUUAUCCAAAUCAACCUCAGCCAAAGGAUCAUCGGAGAAAUCGCUUUCGUCGUCUUCAUCAAAACCUUCGUCAUCUUCAUCAUCAUCACUGUCGUCUUCAUCAUCACUUUCUUCCACUUCGAUCAUUUUUCCCUUUCCCUUAUCCUCUCGCGAAAUCCCUUUACCUUUCCUAUCAACAACUUCUUCUUCUUCUUCUUCUUCCUCGUCGUCUUCCUCUUCAUCUUCUUCAUCCUCUUGCUCCUCUUCAGCUCCAACAUCGCCGAUUACGCCACUCUCAACCUCUUCAGCUGCUUUCUCCGAUAAAACCGAUGAUUCUGCUCCAAUCGUUUCCUCGGUGGAAGAAUUCAGAUUCUCGAUUUGGCCACUUCCAUUAGUUUCUCCGUCUUUGGACUCAGAAUCAGCAGAAUUCAAUGAAGGAUUAAGCUUCUGAGCCUUGUUUGUCACAUUAUCCUGGUCUUGACAAAACAGAUCCGAUUUUCGCUUCACAGGAAACGAAGAAUCCUGUUGAUUCUCAACAUCCGCCAUAGAUGAAUCAAUCUUCUUACUUCAGAGACUCGCGAUUUUGGUUUGAGGACGACGAUUCAGAGUUAGGGCUUUGAAGCUGAAUCAAAACACUCGAGCCAAUUUAGUUUGUAACCCUAGAAGUUUUUGUAGGGUUUUACCGUCUCUGUUUUUUAUUAUUUGGAUCUCUGAACACAUUUGGCCCAGUAUUAGCCCAUUUACCUAUCUUCUCAAAAUAUUUGGUUCUUAACAAAUUCAAGCCUAACCAUUAGUACAAUUUUAAUUUUGAUCUGUACAUUUUCAAAAACCGGACUCGAACCAAGAUCAAAUUCAACAAUUGUGGCAAUUUUAAUGGUCGAGUCUCCAGUGUGUAUGUGGCAGUAGGAGAACGUGCCGGGGGAUAUUAAACCGGCUCAAUGCUACAGUCGUACCGGUUUGUUUUUUUACUCGUUGGUAUAUAAUUAAAACCGGUUAUCCAAUUUGACAGGCAGAGAGAAGAAGAUUUGAUUGAAGUACAGAUCCAUCGGAGAAGAAGACAGAGAGAUUGAAGAUCAAUGACUUCGAGAUAUUGGGUGGUGUCUCUUCCAGUGAAAGACUCUGCUUCUUCGUUAUGGAAUCGAUUACAAGAGCAGAUCUCUAAGCAUUCCUUUGAUACUCCAGUUUAUCGGUUUAACAUUCCUAAUCUUCGUGUUGGAACCUUAGAUUCUCUACUCGCUCUCGGCGAUGAUCUGCUUAAGUCGAACAGCUUUGUGGAAGGAGUUUCGCAAAAGAUCAGGAGACAGAUCGAAGAAUUGGAGAGGAUUUCUGGUGUUGAGAGCAACGCUCUUACAGUUGAUGGAGUUCCUGUUGAUUCUUAUCUCACCAGGUUUGUGUGGGAUGAAGCUAAGUACCCAACAAUGUCACCUCUGAAGGAGGUUGUGGACAAUAUUCAGUCUCAGGUUGCAAAAAUUGAGGAUGAUCUCAAGGUUCGUGUUGCUGAAUAUAACAAUAUCCGUGGUCAACUCAAUGCCAUUAACCGAAAGCAAAGUGGAAGCUUAGCUGUUCGUGACCUCUCAAACUUGGUUAAGCCAGAAGAUAUUGUCGAGUCCGAACAUCUCGUAACUCUCCUUGCAGUUGUUCCGAAGUAUUCCCAAAAAGACUGGCUAGCAUGUUAUGAGACUUUGACCGAUUAUGUGGUUCCUAGGUCCUCGAAGAAAUUGUUUGAGGAUAAUGAGUAUGCCCUUUACACCGUCACUCUCUUUACUCGUGUCGCAGAUAAUUUCAGGAUUGCUGCUCGUGAGAAAGGAUUCCAAGUCCGUGAUUUUGAACAAAGUGUUGAAGCACAAGAGACUCGUAAACAAGAGCUAGCAAAGUUGGUUCAGGAUCAGGAAAGUUUGAGAAGCUCUCUUUUGCAGUGGUGCUACACCAGUUAUGGAGAGGUUUUCAGCUCCUGGAUGCAUUUCUGUGCUGUGCGUACAUUCGCUGAGAGCAUUAUGAGAUACGGUUUACCUCCGGCGUUCUUGGCAUGUGUCUUAUCUCCGGCUGUGAAAAGUGAAAAGAAAGUACGCUCCAUUCUUGAACGCUUGUGUGAUUCUACCAACAGUUUAUACUGGAAAAGCGAGGAGGAUGCAGGAGCCAUGGCUGGUUUAGCUGGUGACUCAGAGACACAUCCUUAUGUCUCCUUCACUAUCAACCUUGCUUAAAAAUAUGAUGAGAGAUGCUUUUGAUGCCACUUCUCCUCUGGUCUUCUCAUCUGUUAUAUUUGUUUGUGGUCUAUAGAUUUCACAUUUAUUUUUCGUAACAUAUUUUGAUUUUCAUAAAUAAGGUGGAACUCAAGAGAGAUGUUGCUGUAAUUUUAUUUGGCCGGAGUCUUUUAGAUUCCGGCGAGUUUCAGACACUUGUGGAAGACAGAAGGGUUAUACAGUUGUUAAAGCCUUUUUGUCAUUUUGUGACAUGGUUGAUUUAUUUAUAUCAUCACUCUGUUUCGUUUUUGUCUG